AUGAUUUCAUUGCCGCCUGAAAUCAUAGGCAAAAUCAUCAGGCUGCUCGACCCGGUCUCGUUUCUGUACAUUGGCCAGACGUGCAAGUUGCUGCGCGUUUUUUCCCGCAAUGAUACCGUGCUGACUGACCAUCUCCAGACCCUCAUGAACUGGAGAGGAAACGACGACGAGACACCCGAAGACGAUGGAGAGCAGACACAGACACAGUCGGAGGACAACGACGACUCCGAACAGCUAACUACAACAUCGCCGACGAAAACGGUGACUCCGGCUCCGCCGACGACUUACACAAUCGAUCUGUCGUCCACCCCACUAUACUCCACCUAUCUUAACUUGCUGCGGCAGAAAUGGGUUGCUCGUCAGAUGACCCUCAAGAUCCACCUGAGGCUGUCGCCGGACUGCAGAGAUACGUUUGCGUCGAGCUGGUCUUCUCCAGACGGCUCUCUGCUGUGUGUCUCGCUGGGGAAAUAUAUUUUUGUCUAUUCGAUCGGAAGCGAAAAGUUUUGCAACAACAUCCCGCCGCUCUACCUGUUUGGCUGGAAAACGGAGGAAGAAAUUCCGCUGGUCACCUUCUCCACCGAUAGUGAAUACAUGGCCGUGGUGUUUGGGUUCGGAAGAGUGCGGUUAUAUUGCAUGGAGGAACUGCUGUCCAAGUACAGAGGCGGCAUCAUUAACCUGGCCAACGUGCCGGCCAAGUACUCGAAACAGUUUCCGUCCCGGAUCGAGUAUCUGGCCGUGUCUCAGAAGGCCUUCAUCAUGUGGGUCAGAGCCAGGCGUCUGGGUGGACUCACAAUAAUCAAUGUUGAGACCACAAACGAGAUUGACGUGCCACAUUUCCGUCUAGAUCUCCGAAUGUCGGCCCAGGCCCGUGACCAGGUCAUGACACUGAUUGGAAACCAGGAGGCUCUCAUCUUCGGACAGGCAGAUACUCUGGACGAGGAAGAUUUUACUGAAGAAGGUGCUCUGUGGGAAUACUACUGCACGCUUAUGGAAACAAGCAUGAGCACAAGUCUCAGUUGCGAUGGAGUGCUUGCAUUACUUACUCCUGGUCGCUACAUUUGUGUCAAGCACCUACCGGACGAAAAUCGCGCCCGUUUUGCAUUAGCUACCGCUGAACUGGGAGUGACGGGCUCGCCGGAAGAGGAGCUGUCGGAAGAUGAGGAGGAUGACGAUCAAAGAGCCCUGCUGUACAUUAGUAAUGUCAACUCGAGGGAAGACUUCAAAUCCAUCAAGUACUGUCUCUCCUGGGACUCCACAGCCAUGGCCGUGUACUACAGACAGAGGAUAUCAAUUAUUCCCCUCAGGGGUAUAGUCGAGGACCAGGUGCGUCUUCCUGUCAGUAUGCCACCACGUCAAGUUCUUACAAGGGCAGGAGUCGAGCCUUUGGCUAUGCAAUACAUUCAGAGCGACCGAAUCAUGUGUGUCUAUGGAUCGUCAGUUGAAGUGUUCCAUCUCAACAGUUCAGCACAUCCUCGCCACCCCCAGCAUCAGGAUGUGUUCCAUUUGGCAUCCAAUCAGAAUCCCCCAGCUCCCCCCGUUCCUCUGGACACGUUUGUUCCACAGAUCAACCACACGUGCGGUUCGAUCCUGUAUCAUCUAUGA